AUGGAGGAUCAACAUAAGAGGUGGGCUAAGUUCAAGGAAAAUGUGCAACAAGGAAACGGGUCGAUCGCCGAGCCCUUAAACCGGUGGAAAAAGAAGGUCCCCAAGGAACCAUUUGAGGAUUUCAUCAAAUCCAAGGAGGGAAUUACCAAGAAGAAAGUGCCAGAGUUAAUGAACUUUGAUGAUAAUUCCCCGCAUGAAAGUCAAGGCAACACAGAUGAAUUCCUCAGCUCCUCCUCAUUCUAUAUUUCUGAAAGCACUCAGGAGAUUUCACCCGACUUCUUUGCCGAUGAAGAUUUCACUCCAUCCCCGACUCAUCCUGAGCAAACACCAGUACAGUCCCCUGUCCGUCAAGAAACGCCAGUUCCUAAAACAACUCAAAUCCAAACUCCAGUUCCUGCACAACCCACUCUAGCUGAAGACCAACAAACACCAGCACGAGCUUUGAGCACCAAGAGAAGCAUCAAGCGAAUGGCGGGCCGUGUCCUUCAGCCACCCCCUCGAUGA